UCGAGCAGCUGCAAAGAUCUUGGUCGAUUCUGAAGAUCGUGAAGAAUCAAAUCUAGGCAAGCGAAUCUCCUUCCCCUUCUCUACAAUGUCGAGCAAUCCGGGGAACAAUAGAAGGUGUGCAGGGUGCAAGUAUUUGAGAAGGAGAUGCCCCAAAGAUUGCCUGCUGGCUCCUUAUUUCCCUCCCAACAAUCCCCAGAGAUUCGAAUCUGUCCACAAGAUUUUCGGUGCCAGCAAUGUCGCCAAACUCUUACAGCAAGUGGCAGAGGAUCGGAGGGCAGAGGCAGCGGACUGCAUGGUGUACGAGGCGAGCUCGAGGGUUAGCAACCCGGUGUACGGAUGCGCUGGGAUGAUAUAUCAGCUGCAGGAGGAGAUAAUGAAGGUGCAAUUGGAGAUUCAGAAUGUGAAAGGCAAGAUAGCUUUGCACAAUGCACAACAGUCGUUUUCGUCGGUGUUACAGCAGCAGCAGCAGCAGCUGCAGGAAGAGCACAAGGAGAGGGUUAUAGGUGUUGUUGGAGCUAGUAAUGAUGUUCAUCAUAGGGGACUGCAGGAGCAGUGUGCAUACAAUUUAGGAGGCACUGAGCUGGAUGAGUUCCUCUGGCCUACUUCAGAGGUCAAUUCUGAUCAUCGUUUCAUCAAUUGAUUGUUGAUUAGUUUGAUUAGUUCCACUUUGAUGAGCUUAGAGUACUGGA